UAUUAAGCUGUCUAUUGUUUAUAACUACAGCAGAACACCAAUCCUAUCACUGAAUCCGUCCUAAUUUGUGUAAAUACGAUGGGGGACGAGAACACUCCACGAAAUCGCAAAGAGCGACGCGCAGCUGCGCGCAAUGGUCAACCAACGCCGGCUCCCUCGUCCUCACCUCACCUCGACUCGAAAGUUCCUGGUAUCAAAUACGCGCAACCUGACCGAUCUGGACCCAAAGGCAAAACACUAUUUCAACUUGCGGAAGAGAGGUCAGCUGAGCUAAACAAAGGCAAGCCCUUCCCGAAGCAGAGCUUUACUGAAGAGAGCGGGGAGGUGGUGUCAUGGAAUGAUGAAGCAAUGGGCCCAGCAGCUGAGGCAGUUCUGUGGUCAUUCUCGCUGUCAAUGGUUCACUUAAUGCUGGACGUGCUGGUCAACAAUCAGUAUCGGCAAGAGAUAGUGUGGACAGAUAUUUGGAGCAGGUUUGGCACAUCGCUGCCAGUGUUCUGGUUCAUGGUCUAUCUGUUUCACACGCCGACAGCGAAAAAGCUGGGAGUUCUGAAGCAAAUCUUCUUCCUCGCGACGGCAGUGUCAGCAGGAUGUUAUAUGGUAUACUCGGGCAAUACGAAGGGCUACUAUGCAGUGAUGAAGAGAGCCCCACCACUUGGCACGGUGUGGAUAUGGGCGGUGGUGGAGCUGGAGUUAGUUUAUGCUCUCGUCAGUGUGGUAGGUGUGGGAUGUUAUGUGUGGUGGAACGGCUACAAGGCGUUCUGAGCGAGUGUGGGUGCAUAUGCUGCUGUGCGAUGAAGUGCCUUGUCAGCAUCCUUGACAG